AUGGCUGCCCCGGACGGUCAAGCCGGCACGCCGCCAAAUCCGAAGCGCGCAAAAGGCGGAAACUCGGAUGCUGAUUAUUGGUGUGAUAAAUGCAACCGCUCCUUUGAGCGUUCAGACCACUAUGCUCGCCAUGUGCAGUCCCACCAAGAUCUGCGGCCCCAUCGCUGUCCCGUUUGCUCCAAAGGCUUCAAUCGACAGGAUCUUCUGCAUCGGCACAAGCAGACCCAUCUACGUUGGGAAGGGACUUCUCGGACCGCGCGUGUUAGUCGAGCAUGUCAGGCAUGUGUUCAGAGUAGAUCCAAGUGCACUAACCACAAGCCGUGCCAACGCUGCUUGAGUCGGGGUGAACCUUGCUUGCCAUCAGUAAAGGGUGCCAAAAGCCCCUCUCACCGGAACCAAAAUCCUGAAGCUAUACACGCCCCUGGUCUUCCACGGGCCAUCUCCAACGACAAUGACACAAGUUCUGAUGUCUCAUACCCGCUAUCCGCGGUAGAAAUAUCCCAGUCACUUGAAGCGCAUCCACAGGUGAUGGUAGUUGACGCAACAGCUAUCUCAGCCGCACCACCAGAUGCCGGGCUCGCAGUUGAUUUCUUGGCGUCUCCCUAUACAAAUGGCUUUUCUUUCACAGAUGCCUUCUUGCUUCCUCCCGCGGCCGAUGACCUAGAUGGUGGGUGCUUUGAUCUAGACCUCGACACCCUCCAAGCGCUGUUGCAGCCGAUCCAAAACGACAUGCAACCGCCUGUCCCAAUAGAAGCAAGUGGCCCAACUCAUGCUAGCGCGGCCUCAUCACGUUUCGAAUCCUUCAAGCGGUCGCCCUGGCUGUGGACCCCAGUCCAUGUUGAAAAUGCAUAUGCCGGCCAAGAGAGUCUGCUCGUCAAUGAAAAGGCCGUAGAUCGAAUGCUACGCAGAAAUCAGCAGUACUCUGUUACGGGUAAAUUCACCCCGACAGUCGUCGAUUCGAGUUGCCGCGACCGAAUACUCUUCAUGAUCUACAAUACUCCACAUUCUGCCGUUCCACUUCGGGCCUUUCCAUCGGAAUCUUAUCUGGACCGUAUGGUGCAAGUCUAUUUUAGUUGGCAAAGCUUGGAACCGGCAGGUUGGAUUCAUGCCCCGUCUUUCUCUGCCACUGAGUGUCAUACCGAGCUCUUAGGCACUGUUAUUGGAGCCGGUGCUUCGUCAAUAUCAAUCGAUAGUGUAUGCAGAAUGGGUUAUGCUCUGCAAGAGCGAUCACGUCUCUCGCUAUCAGCAUCGAUCGAAAAAGACAAUAGUCGGGCUCGAGACCUUCAGACAAUACAAGCAUAUUUGCUUUGGGUCUCAGUUAGCCUGUGGAGUGGAUUCAAGCGUAACAUGGAAGUCGCCGAGACAUUUCUAUCUGCGCCUGUGACUAUGCUCCGUCGCUACGGAUGCUUCUCACGUACGCUAUAUGCUCACUCCAUCCACCCUCGCUUGGAAGAUGAUAUCCAUACCACCAAAGAAAAGUGGCGCGCAACAGCAAUUUUUGCUGCGUUAACUGACCUUCGGUGUUCGAUGGCGUACCUCAAACCUCCCAGUUGCUCAGUCACGGAGCUUUUAUGCCCACUUCCUCUUUCCCGAGAUAUAUGGCUAGCACCAUCUGCCACUGUGUGGAAAGACACCAUGCUAUCUUAUGGAAUGACUUUCGACGAAAGUCCCUCUUGGCUAGUAAUUGCGCAGAAUCCAUCCGUGCUUGAAAAUUUGCCUAGUUACUAUGAUAAAUCUCUCAUUUCUCUGGUGGUUAUACAUGGUUUUUGGUCUCAAGUUUGGGCAUACCAAGAGUCCCAACGAUUUUUCCGGGCCAGUAGCCAGCUCUCAGGGCAAGCUACAACCAUGUUAUGGCUUUCAUGCCAACAUGAAGACCUUACCAAACGUAUCGGAAUCGCACAACAAACCCUCUCACACCAAGGGUUUGAUCCCUCACAAAUCCAAAUCGUGGCAGAGUUCUGUUUGAUGGCCCUUAACGUAUCACCUCGAGAAUCACAACAGUUUGCAGGUAGACUUGGGGAAGAGGAGGCUGCCACUACCCAUCAUCUCCUGCGAGAAUGGAUGAUCGGAUCAGAAUUCAAGACGGCCGUAUGGCACGCGGGCCAGAUACUGCGAAUUGCAAGAUCGGCACCGGCAGCUCAACUACGCGAGUUUUCAGCAGUUGUAGUAUAUCAAGCAAGUUUAACGUUGUGGGCGUACGGUCUUGUUUCGAUUAGCAUGAGCAGCCUAGCCUCUCCCCACCUAUUCCAGACGGCAAUCUACCAAGAAGACGGCUGUCAAGUUUUACUAGAUGGCCCUAGCACACCCCAUACGACGGCAUUUGUCAUGUGUGGUAAAGGAAAACCGGGGAUAUCCGUAGGGCCUGAGUGGCUAUUCUGUCCAUUGACUGACAUCCGAAACAUUAUGACAGCGGCUUGCGACGUGUACCGGAACAACUUCAACCCAGAGACAGAGACUUUCCCACCUCUACUUGAAGGCAUGAUGAACUUGAUGACGGAUCUCGGAAAUAUUGACACGGCUUCUUUUCAUAAUAUUAUUACUGAAACUAGAUAA